AUGGAAACUGAUCGUCCAAGCCCUGAAAUUUCAGACCAGGUGGCCGGAAGCUCAGAUGAGCAGGGCCCAAGCCCGGCUAGGUCCUACGAAUGCACCUUCUGCAAGCGAGGAUUCUCUAAUGCACAGGCACUAGGGGGCCAUAUGAAUAUUCAUAGAAGAGAUAGGGCAAAGCUCAAACAACCAUCGAAUAUCAGAAGCCAUCUCACCUUGGAUAUCGCCAAGAAAAUUCCCAGCUCCCAUCCUCAGCUUUCCUCGGGGUAUGACUCAUCACCCAUUUUGGAGUCUAGGGAAGAGAGAAGUGGCAGCUCUCUUAAUUGGACAUGGAUUGUUAACAGAGAAGAAGAUGUUGCUGCAGCCAGACAGCAGGAAACUCAUGUGGGAGAACUCCGGCAGCUGUCCUUGUUUGAAGAGACUCCUUCAGACGGUGAACAUCGGCAAUCAUCGAGUGAUGGGCAUGAAGAGAGGAUGCAAUCAACAGAUGGUUAUUGGGCAAGAGAGGAGCCAGACUUGGAACUUCGGCUGGGGCCUGAGCCUCAAGAUACAUCAACAACGGGUACCAUAGAGUUCUUUUAA